CCGACGCUCUGUCCCUUCAAAGUGUGAGAAGAUGGCGGCGGCGGGCCUGGGCGGCCGGGCCGCGCUGCCGGCGCGGCGGGGGCGGCGGCGGCGGGGGCGGGCCGGGGCGGCGGCGGAGGAGGACGACGAGGCGGUGCUGGUGGAGUGCCCGGUGUGCCGGCAGGCGCUGGUGGAGGCGGUGACGCCGCCCUGCCGCCACUCGCUCUGCCUCGCCUGCUUCCAGCGGUGCCUGCAGGGCCCGGGCCUCUACUGCCCGCUCUGCCGCAGCCGCCUCUCCACCUGGGCCCGCCGCCAGCAGGCCCGCGCCGAGCCCGCCGCGACGACGGCCGCCGGAGGAGGCGGGGAGCAGCGGCCGCCGGACCAAGACUUUAUAUUCAGAGCACCCAUUAAACUAAGCAAACCCGGGGAACUCCGAGAAGAAUACGAAAGCCAGCUAAGGAAGCUGAGAGAAGAAAAAUUACAAGAAGAAAAAGCUUCCGAGGAUCUGAUUCACAAGUUUGUUCUCGAUGACAUGGAAGGAGGCAAAAGAAAAACGGAAGAACAGCAGAAAAAAGAUGAAUCUUUAGUGCUCAAAGUGAACCAAGAGUGUUUUCCUGAACGUCUCUCGGAUUCGGAGAACGAAGAACCGUUCCAGGGCAAGCAAACGCAUCGCUCGGCUUUUGUUUCCAAGACCAGCGCCUACUCCUUUGCUUUCCUUUCAGGGAACCUGACCAAGGUGGAAAGGAGCCGGAGCUGCAACGACACCAUUCAGGAGAGAUCAAAGAGCAGGCAGAGAUCAGCCCCAGCCAACAAAACAAAGGUCCCACCCAUCACCAGCACAUCGACGCCACUGGUUGGAGUUUUGUCGUCCACCCAGAACAACCGCUGCCUCUCAGCCCCAGACCUGACAGCGGAGAAGCGCCCGGUUCUCAACCCCGUUUCGUCCCUCUCGGCCCUGCACAAGCCAGAACGAUCCAUCAGCCCCGAGAGCAACGACAGCAUCUCGGAAGAGCUCAACCACUUCAAGCCAAUCGUCUGCUCCCCGUGUACUCCUCCCAAGAGGCUCCCCGACGGCAGAGUCCUGAGCCCUCUCAUUAUCAAAUCCACCCCGAGAAACCUAAACCGGAGCCUGCAGAAACCAACCACCUACGAGGCCAGUCCUAGAAUACUGAAAAAAUGGGAGCAGAUAUUUCAGGAGCGCCAGAUCAAAAAGACUCUCUCGAAAGCGACUCUUACGUCCUUGGCUUCGGAGCCUGGGGAUGACGUUUUAGUUCCUGAUGUCACCAUCUCCAGCACUUGCGCUAAAGAGCAGCCGCAAAUUCGGGACGAUCACCUUCCGCCUGACACCACAGCAGACGCUCGCCCCGAGCUGGAUUUCUUCCCUUCCAUCAGUGAAACCAAGUUGGGAAGGGGGAGCGAGAAGAACCGAGAGUCACAAGCCUUAACAACAGAUGACAGCGCUGCCGAACCAGACACGAGAUCAAAUGUCACCUCCCUAAAUGCGCGAGUGUCCGAAGUUGCUGACCUCAAAGUGAACGCGUUCAUGGACAAAUCCUGUCUUGGUCUCGGCCCGAAAAUGCUGAGCAGAAGACUCAUGGGCGUCAGCGCGUCGCUGCCGGACAACACCACGCUGGGAGUCCCCAUCAAAACGUCAGGAAAAAAGCAGCUGAAAUACCUGAACAACAGCGAACUGAUCAACGUGCAGAACAACACCUGCAACUCUGUGGAGAACAUCAUCGGCGAGCAAACCCCGUCGCUGAGACGAGGCCGCAAAAGACGCUGCAAAACGAAGCACUUGGAGCACAACGGCUCCGUCAAAAGACUGCGGCACACAGCCGGAGAGGCGGGUUUGGCUCCGGAGGAUCGUUUGGUGCGGGAGGUGGAGCAGAAGCUCCAGCAGGAGGAGGAGGACAGGAGGUUGGCCCUGCACCUGCAGCGCAUUUUCGACAGCGAGAACAGGACAGUGGACAGGCGGAAAGUGCGAGUCGAUCGGUAUCUGCUGCGCUCCAAGAGCACGCUGGGUGCCAAGUAGCGCCGCCGGACAAUGUUGCCUUUGUAGAGGACGAUGAGGUUUAUCAAAUUAUCUUAGAGGAAAACUUAUUUUUUUGUCAUACUUCCACCCGCAGCAAUUGUUUUGUUGUUUUAUUUUUCAUUUUGGUGGUGAGAUAUUUGCAGGUCCAGUUCAGAGAGAAGCCAGAGUCCUUUCAGAUUAACAAAAACAAGGAGAAUGGGGAAAAACAAACCCGUCCAGCUUUUGUCUCUCAGAGAAGUGUCCGUCGUCCCCGUGAAUACACUGCAACGCCCGUACGCGCAGCCAGGGACGCUGGGUUGUGUGGGGUGUGGGAUAAGGACCUUGUCCAUUCCAUGCCUUCCCACUUAAAAAAUCAACUCACGGAGAGGAAAAUAGACUUUUUCUGUCCUAAAGAGUCUCCUCCUCUCUGCCUGCCCCGUUUGCUCCCUGGCUGUGGCGCUCAGAGCGUCACUGAUGGCAGCGGGUUCCAAUGACCUGACUCGAGGGCCAUUGGGAGGCCGAUCCGUAUUUCUGCUAAAAAAUACCAAAUAGAUCCACCCGUAGUACUUACAAAUGAAUGUAUCUCACUCUCUGCGCCGGCAGUACGGAUCACAGGGUACUUGCUUUAAGUAAAAAGCCAAAUGCAGUGAAGAAAGAUAUAAAAUAAGGAUUUUUUUGCUGAAAAGCCUUAUAGGAACGUGGAGUUUCUUGGGCAGCAGAGCUGUGACCCAGCUGGUCCCUGCCUCUCUUUCACUAAUGUUGAAGUGUAGAAAGGGAAACGCUGUCCGGGUGGUUUAGGGAAGGAGAUUCUGCCUGCUGACACAUUCCUGCUGGGUUGAGAGAUCUCUCGGCACAGCUAAAACCUGGUUUUACACAUCCCAGAGCAUCCCAAGGUGGCAUCACAAGGUGUCCAACAUGCUCUCCUGGGCGUGCGAUGGAAGAGUUGGGCCAGAAUCCCAACCCUGCUCCUGCUCCGAGCCGCCUGGCCUCAGCUUCAAACCACUAAAAAAGCUCAGGUGAACGAUGCACUAAAAUAAUUCCCACUUAAAAAGGCGUGAAAUCGGAAGGACCAGAGCAGGCUCGGAGCCCGGGUGCGGUGUUGUCAUCUUUAACACAAUUUGAUCUGUUAUUUCCAGUAAUCAGGCUCAAAAACUGUCAACUCAACUUAGUAUUUGAAAGCCGCCUUGCAGAGUAUUCACUGGGGACUCUCGGUGCUCACUGCAGUAUUAACGAUCGCGCUGAUAACGAAGGGGUAGUUUCUGCAAUUUAACCGUGUCCCCACGGUUUAAGCAGGUGGAGCUGAUCUCAGAGAACGGUCAUUGCCCAAUUUCCUCGAUCUAAUAAAUGGUUGAAUUUCUCCCUCCACUUUAAAUGGUUAAAAAAGAAGCCAGGAACUGGUUUUAUUUUUCAUUCUGCGAGGACCCUGGUGAUUUUUUCCUAAUUGAACUGGAUUCAUUUUUUUUUUUAAGGAAAAAAAAAAGAAAUCUUAUAUUUUAAUGGAUAAAAUUUAUAUAUUUUAAAUACUAUAUUUCAACAAAUUGACACUUUCGUUUUGAGAGAUCUUAUAGCGAUGAUGCCGUAAUAUAUAUAUCUCUAUCUCUGUAUCUCCCUAACACACAAACUACUGGAUGGUUUAAGUCGGACCUAGGGUCGGUUAGACCCGGCCUGGGCUGCCCGGCCACUGCGGCUUGUGGGCCACAUCUUUUCUGUGCCCUCUCCCGUGCUGCAGCCUCGUUGGGUUUCUGUUAAUUAGAAGGAAAUUAAAUAAUUAGGCCUUUGACAAGACAUAGAAGAGCAGAACUGAGAGAAGGAGCGAUGGGUCUGGAUCGGCCCUUCGCAGUGAAAUAAGCUCAGGAAGGAAAACCCACAGCUUUACUCACAAUUCUUGUCAUUUUGUCCCAAUAUUUGGAGGUAAAACAUGCGCUUCUCAAGUGCAUUUAGAUGUAUAAUUCUUUUUACAGAUCCCUUUCUCCAUGGUUAAUCCCUUAAGCCCAGAUCAAACUUCCCCAAACCGUUUCCUUCUUCCUCAUGGCGCUUGGGUGGGUUUAAGCCAGGCUUGGGCUCUCCAAGCGAGCCUGCACCACAAAAAAACUACAUUUACAUGCCGAACGUGUCCUUUUCUUUGCCCUCAAAAGAGAUUUCGCAGUCCAACACACCAGGCCGGUGUCUUAAAUAUCUUCUUUUUACAAGAUAACAGAAAUAUUUAGGUUUUUUGUGUGCUAGUUUCCUCUUUAAAUCCAAGCUGGGCAGAAGCGCGAGAGGCAACGCCUGAGCUGGAGUUUGUGGCCAGCCAAAAGAAAAGCUUAAUGGGACCCCUCGCACCCCCAAUUUCUUAAAUUUUGCCUUCACUGGGAAGCUGGCUCCCCAAAAACCAGAGAUCCCGCAUCCCAGCAGCGUUUCUUGGCUCCAUGAGCGUCAUGCACGAUCCAUUGCAUCCGCACAGAAGAUCUUUGGCCGUGGUGGUGGUUGAGAUCGCAGCAGAUUUCCGUAAAACAUCAGGGUAGGAUCGAUCUUGUCUCUGUGCCCACAGGCUGAAUUUCUAUGUUUCGCUUCUCCAUCUCAUCGCUGAAGGACUGGGGGAAAACACGGGUUGUUUUCCAGCCGUCUCGCCGAGAACCUUUGGUUUUCUGCCUGAAUUAGCAAGAACGCAACUGCCCUCGGCCAAAAUCCACCCGAGACAGUGUCGGGUUCAAGACUUGAGGCGACGCGAAGCUAGGAUGAAUGUUUUUAUUAAUUUAGCACUCUACGUUUGUGUGAGCUUGCACAAAAACAUAAUUGUAUAUAAUUACACUUGUAAAAGAGCAGGAAUUCCCAGCCUCCACUCUUUAAAGGUGAGGGAUGAUGCUGCCUUUCACCACAAAUCACGCCAGCCGAGAAGUAAAAUACCUCUUGCUGAAGGGUGGAUCUGCAGAGGCUCUUGAGAUGAAACCACGUAUUUAUUUACGCUCGGACAAAAGUCAUUUCUAACCCUCCUCCUUUCUGCGGCCGCCGUCGCUCGGGGAUGAAAGCGGGACAGCGCGGGCGGGCAAGCAUCCUCCCAAAAUGUGAAGCUGUCUUGUCUUCCGAGCAAAGUAAAAAUGCGGUUGCACUUACCCAUGGGGCUGAGGUUGGGUUGACGACGGAAGGACCGUGUCUGCCAAAGAUGCCACCGACUCGGGAAAGUUGUUUUCUGACCCUCCGGAUCUCUCUGGCCGGGUAAAGCCGUUACGGAAGAGUCCGCGUUUGGAGUCAGCGAGAUGAGAUAAAUGAAGGAAAAAGUGCCAAAAGAAGGGAUCAUGCCAGAUGAUUGUAUAAUGUUGUUCUAUACUGUCAGUAUUUUCUUCUUCCGAUGCUCUUGUACAUGCAGCGCACAGUAGUCAUGAAGUGUAGCUUGAACAAGCGCUUCUUUGUAUUUUCUCAGUGAAAACUGAAGCCUUAACAGACUGAUUUUUAAAACAAGCCUUUAGCAACGCUCCGAGGAUGGACCCAGGGACCCUCCAACAGCCCCGCGACACCUCCUCAGCGUCCGAAAGGUUGACAAGGAGCUCGUCCCAUGUGGUGGGAGAAGCGUUUGACAAAAAGCCCGGCGCCUCUCACCUGUUUGGACACCCGGGAUGAAAAUCAACGCCUGUUGGACGUGACGAUCUCGCGUGUCCUCGCAAAACGGGGACGUGACACCGGUUCGAACCGCAACACAAAAGCUGGGAUGAUCCCCACGUGUCCGACACGAACCUUUCUGUAAAACACCGUGAACAUCAGCUCGAGAAUUCGCUCUUCACUAUGCAAAUGGAAAAACCUUCAGCUGGUUACAAAGGGGGGGUCUGCGUGCGCCGAGUUUCCUUGGUGUUCACUGUCCAAACUGUUUAAAAUCUAGAUGUUGCUACACUCUUUUUUUCCGAUAAUGCUUUAAAUCGUCGUGCUUUCGUAUUCUCAGCUCGCCAGCAGAGCACUGGGGUGGGGAAAAAGGACUUUUAAUGGUCAUUUUGGGUCUCAGCUGAACCACCGUGGCUUCAUCUGAAUGUUUUUUAAAAAGCGAUGGAAGUUCCUGAAGGACUGUGGACUUGCAUGUGUAAAAUGUGUGGGUAAAAAUGACAUGCAGGCGUCUGUCAUGUUGUGGCUUCUGUUAUUUGGAAACAGAGUAAAUCCUGCUUGUGAAAAAAAAUAUAUAUAUAUUGUCACAAACCAGAAACAUGCCAACUGUGUACAAAGAACGUGUUACGUUUUAACAGCAACGAGGACUUGAGCGGCAGGACCAAGGCCGAGGUUAAAACAGAAUAAAACCAGGUUCUGACAGUG